AUGGACCUUCCUCUGCGAAAAGAGAAGAAGAGUUGCUUGCCUGCUCUCCCGUACCUCGCGACACCUCAGGCCGUCUGGGAUGAUGUCUGCCAGAUGGCAAAGUCAUUAGCUGAAGCCACUCCCGACAACGACUACCUGCGAUCGUGCGAAAUCCUUUCGGAGGAAGAAUUUCUGCAACGAAGACUGAACCGAAUCGAAAGACUUCUGAGCACAUACAAAUCGGAACUUGAAACAAUCGACUGCGACCUGAAGAGAAAGAAAGAGGCGCUGCACCAGAGCGUUCAGCUAGGUUUAGCGAAAUCUCGACUCGGGGGACGAGCUUAUGCGGGGUGGAGCCUCUCUCAGGAUGACGUCAGCGUGGAACAAUCCGGGGAGAGAGAUGGCAACACCUCCUGCUGUGCGUUAGGCGACGGAGAGAGUGUCUGUGGGAUGGUAUCGUUGACUUGCUUGCUCAUGAUCGAAGUUGAAGUCCACCAGGUCUGUCUUCCUUUCUCCAGCUUCUGCGCAGAAUGUAUCUCGCAAGAUGCGGAGCAGGCGCUUUAUCAUCGAUGUCCCGAGACAGGCAAGUCAACGAUCCGGCAGGUUUCAAGCUCUCAGCUCGCAAGAUUUCAGCUGGAAAAAUCCCAACAGCAGGCGAGGGAGGAGAAAGCAGAGGCUUCGUCACCUGCUGAUUCAGUGAUGGCUUGCCAUGCUCAGUUGUUGCCUGACCCUCAACCGCAGUUCCGCAAGAUUGUGAACAAGGACACAAGAGCUGCUCCUAAGCUAGACGUGCUUCCUUUUGCUCUUGAGAAUCACGCGACUGCGAGCCCACAGCUUGCCAUCUCCACGCCUGACAGAAAGAUCGCAGCGAGUCUCUCAGCGGCAGCCAUCGGCAUGACUCCCUUCCCGCACGCAGCUGCUAUCUCAGCUCCCAAGGCAAGCUCCGCUUCUAGUGACGGCAAGCCCUCGGUGAAGGAGGAGAAACUCGCUGAGAGCGCGACCCGGUCAGGUGCUCCUGCGCAGGACCAGGACAAGGAAGCGAGUGAGAGAGAAGAGAAAGAGGAGGAGCCGCAGGUCCUGCACAUGCCAGAGGAGCAAGAGGAUGUAGGAGAGAGCGAGACAGGAGGAGGAGGUGAGGGCAGGCAGGAGGAUGAAGAGAACGUGAGCAGCCCGACGGUGGAAGGACUCGUGGACAUGAUGGCGGAGAUUCAGGAGCUGCGAAGCUCGUCGGCCAUGUAA